CUCUUUAGUCCCCAAGUCCAAAACUUAUAAGACACCAAACAUCAAAGAAACAAACCAAGAAGAUAAAAAUUUGUUCCCAUCUUACCAUCUUUCAAGAAACAGAAAGUACUUUCAUUUCUUUCCCACUUUUGGUGUAAAAAAAUAAUAAUCAAGAAUUGUGAAGAAGAAUUCAAGAAGUCAUUUUUGAAAAUGUCUGAAGUUAGAGAUCCUGCAAUUAAGCUGUUUGGUAAAACAAUUGGUAUGACACAACAAGCAACCAAUUGUUUUUAUCUUCAUGAUGAUCAUACAAGAUCUUCCCCUCUUUCAACUGCUUCAAUUGAUGAUGAUAAGAUUACUUUAGAAGGAGAACUUACACAAAGCAAACAAGAUGAUGAACUUGUCGAUCCAACAGCAGACUCAUCGGUUGAACCAGAAACAUCGUCUGGUAUAAGCGAUGACCUCAAGAUGCAGGAUGCAGAUAAAGAAACAUUAUCAUCAAAAUCUAUGGAGGAGGAAGAUUUGAGUGAGGAAAAGGAACUCAAGAAGCCUGACAAAUUGAUUCCUUGUCCGCGAUGUAAUAGCAUGGAAACAAAAUUCUGCUAUUAUAACAAUUACAACGUCAACCAGCCUCGUUAUUUCUGCAAGAACUGCCAGAGAUAUUGGACUGCUGGAGGUACAAUGAGAAAUGUGCCUGUGGGUUCUGGACGCCGCAAGAACAAAAGUUCUUCCAUUUCAAAUUAUCCUCUUCAAGCAAGGCGAGUCGAAGCAGCAGCACACGGAAUGCACCUUCCUGCUUUAAGGACAAAUGGAACUGUCCUUACAUUUGGAUCAGAUAAACCCCUUUGUGAUUCCAUGGUUUCUGCAUUUAACUUAGCUGAGAAUUCACAUAAUAUGAAUCGAAAUGAAUUCCAUGGAAUCGGGAGUGAUCAAUCAAAUGGAACUUGUAGUACAGCAUCAAGUGUUACUGACAAAGAAAGCAAUUCUGGUACACAUGAUUUAGCUAAUUGGAAUAAUUUCCAGGGAUUUCCUCCUCAAGUACCUUACUUUCAGGGCGCUCCGUGGUCUUAUUCUGGUUUUCCAGUAUCAUUCUAUCCAGCAAAACCGUACUGGGGCUGCACCGUAGCAAAUCCUUGGAACGUUCCUUGGCUUUCUUCUGAUCAAUCGGUCCAUAACAACAGUCCUACUUCACCGACAUUAGGAAAACAUUCUCGGGAUGAAAGCAAGCUUGAUCAAUCACUAUCGCGGAGAAGAGAUACAAAUUUGCAGGAUAGAGAAGGGGAGAGAUGUGUACUGAUUCCUAAGACAUUAAGGAUUCAUGAUCCAAAUGAAGCAGCUAAAAGCUCUAUAUGGUCAACACUAGGUAUCAGGAAUGAGAAGAUUGAUUCGGCUCGUGGGACAAUGCUCUUCAGUGCCUUUAAUCCAAAAGCUGAUCAUAUAAAUCAUGAACAUGAUGCUUCUUUUGCCCUGCAAGCUAAUCCAGCAGCCUUGUCUAGAUCACUUAAUUUCCGCGAGAGCACACGAUGAUAAAGACUUACAACAUGGUUGCUUAGUACCAAUCACUGAUGUUAGUGCAGCACCUAAUCAUGAAUAUAGCCUCUUGCAGAAAUUUUCUGCAAAUAGACCUUUGUGGACCGGCUCUUACUCGGACCCUACAUAUAGUUCUUCAAAAUACAAACUUUUAUAGUUUUGCAGUAUACUAUGUACCUUGUACAUAUACCUAUAGAGUUAUUAACAGAGAGAUAAAUAAGAUGCAGCUGAAGUUUUUAACAACUUCUG